UAUGCGUGGUCCUUUCUGAAUGUCAAUUUUGAGUGAGUGGGCCAGGGGGAGAGAAGUCUGAGGAAACGCUGCACAUACAACAGGGAUAAAACAUUUAAGCGUAACGUUGUGGUUAUGUGAAACAUAUUCUUGCGUUUUGAAGGAAAUGUGCGCUAAAUUAAAUCAUCUGGAGUUCUGAUGGAUUAACUUGUCUGGAGACGCCAAGUAAUUUCUCUCGAUUUUUUUAAUACGAAUAACUUGCGAAGGGUACAAAUACGCGUUUUUGCUAUCUUUUUAAUCUUCAAACAAUAGCCUAUUAUCUUGAAGAUAGCUGCUAUUGCCAUUUAUUUAAGUCUUUGUAAUUCUAGCACCAGACCUCUGGCUUCCUGUCAGUCUAAUGAUAAAAUUCAUGACAGUUUUACCACAUUUUUUUUUUUUUUAACAAAUAGACUACCUUUUUAUAUAAACGAUGGACACGAGAUGCGUUGUUUGUUUGCUCUUUCUCCUGUCUGGACACUUCGUCUUGAUAAGUGCUCAAGGGAAGGAUUUUAAUGAGAGGCAAUUUUCCACGGGUCCUGUGUCUCCAACUCUCAUAUCAACACUUGGAAAAUACAAUGUGGUCAAUGAGUCCAUGCCACGACCAAGAGUUUUGCCGCCUAUGUGCACUGGUCCCACUGAAAUUAGGGAUACUUUCAAGUAUAUUAACACCGUGGUUUCAUGCCUUGUGUUUGUUGUUGGGAUAAUCGGAAACUCCACGCUGCUCAGAAUCAUUUAUAAAAAUAAAUGCAUGCGGAACGGUCCUAAUAUCCUCAUUGCAAGUCUGGCUCUCGGGGACCUGUUGCAUAUUGUGAUAGACAUACCCAUCAACGUUUAUAAGCUUCUGGCGGAAGAUUGGCCAUUUGGUGUUGGACUUUGCAAACUGGUUCCUUUUAUACAAAAGGCAUCAGUUGGCAUCACAGUGCUCAGUUUGUGUGCAUUGAGCAUAGACAGGUUUCGAGCAGUGGCAUCGUGGAACCGCAUUAAAGGCAUCGGCAUCCCCAAAUGGACCGCUAUUGAAAUAAUUCUGAUUUGGAUGCUGUCCAUUAUACUUGCAGUGCCAGAGGCAAUUGCCUUUGAUAUGAUCACAAUGGACUACAAAGGAGAGCUGCUUAGAAUUUGCUUGCUCCACCCUAUGCAGAAAAACAAGUUCAUGCAGUUUUAUAAGUCAGCCAAAGAUUGGUGGCUUUUCAGUUUCUACUUCUGCAUGCCGCUGAUGUGCACUGCCAUCUUCUACACUCUUAUGACCUGUGAAAUGCUUCGAAAGAAGAAUGGAGUCCAAAUUGCACUUAAUGAUCACCUAAAACAGAGGCGUGAGGUGGCUAAAACCGUGUUCUGUCUGGUGCUAGUCUUUGCACUGUGCUGGCUUCCAUUGCACCUCAGUCGUAUUCUAAAGCUUACCAUUUAUGAUGAAAGAGACCCUAAUCGCUGUGAGCUUUUGAGUUUCUUCCUGGUUCUUGAUUAUAUCGGGAUCAACAUGGCAUCAGUGAACUCAUGCAUAAACCCAAUCGCUUUGUACAUGGUUAGCAAACGCUUCAAGAGCUGCUUCAGAUCAUGUCUGUGUUGCUGGUGCCUGCCUCCUGAAAUGUUAGCCAUGGAUGACAAGCAGUCCUGCAUGAAGCUGAAGGUGACAGAGCGAGGAUCCGAACAAAGCAACAGCCGUGCCUCCAACAAAUACACGUCAACUUAGGGACUGAUCUGCAUACAGGUAUCGGUGGCCUACCAAUUGCAUUUAACAUUUAGCUAAUACCAUGAUACCUUACUCUGAGUCAGCUGGAGGGAUACUCAUUAACAAGUGAAUGUGGUGCUACAGUAUAAAUGGUAAAUCUAAGUUUGUGUUAGAGACGGCAAAAAGGUAUGUAUUUUAACUGACUGGCAUCAUUUUACAUGUAGUGUUAGGAACUGCUUUAAGUUUUAUUUAACAUUGGCAUCCAGAAUUUGUAUUAAUUUUCCGUGUGGAAAAAAAAAAGUCAAAUUCAACUGACUGAUUUAACACAGAUUCAAUAUCUUAGCAUUGACACUGUUACACACUCUGAACGACAUGAGUUUUGCCCAACCUUCAUAAUAUAUUCAUGCUUCAUGGAAAUAUUAGACCAAGCUUGAAUGUGACUUCACAUGCUCUCUGUAGUUCCCCAUUUAAAGAUUUUACAAAUGUCAUAAAGCAAUUGAUUGUAAGAACAAGGAUGGGUUUGUUUUUGGUGCACAUAUGUAUGGAAUUCCCCUGCAGCCUUUUUCAUGGCAGAAAUGUAAUUAACCCUAAUGCAGAAGAGCUUUAUUAUUAGCUUUAAAAUGUUAUACUCUUGUGCUUGCCUGUCUUUUUUUUUUUUUUUUUUUUUUUUUUUGCAGAUAUUUAUGUAGUUUCACAAAGCAUUAUGUAUCUUUAAGUAUAGUGUAUUUGUCUGUGUUUGUCAAUUUUGUACAUGUUUGCAAAUUUAGACUGUGAUCAUCUCAUCUGUUUUAGAAUGGAAAUGCAAGUCACGUUAGAUCUUUUCUCUGAGUUUUCUUUGAGCCUUUACACAGGUUAUAUAAUUAAUCUAAUGACUCAAGACCUCAAACAUUUUACAUAUCACUUCAUCAUAUUAUAAUUCCUGCUGUCUCUGUUCACUUCCUGUUUUUUUUUAGUUCUUCUUUCUAAUAUUUCUGUAGUUCUUUGUUGUAUUGUCCAUCUAUUAGGUAAGAUUUUUUUUCUUAAAUUAAUUGCUAUGCAAAUAUUAAGACAAUAAAACCACAAAAAAUGCA